GCGCUGUCUCUUGCCUAGAGGACACAAUGGAGCCUACCGCACAAUAAGUCCCAGUACACGCGAUCUUUGGUUGUUUCAAGCGGUCAUCGCGCAGACUUUUUGUCAAACGUGGACGCUGGUUCUUGCGCUGCUGUAUAAUAUCUACUAUACAGUCACGGCUUCGCCAAUAGGUUGUUUUGGGAUUACACAACGCGCAGGUGUUAGCAAGAAAUCAACUGUUACACAUGUAAUAUAGCUAGCUAGCUAGCACACAGCAUGAACGUUAUUAUAGCAGCCAGCUAGCACUACACAGUCUCAGAGGACCUCUCCACACUGGUGCAGUCUGCACUGUCUGGCGGCCUUUGUCAAAAGGCAGAUGGGUACAUGCUUCUGUAAUUUAAAUCGAGUCUCUAAAGAAAAUGUCAGAAGUCAAUAUAGGAAGGCGAAAAGAAAAAUGUGAGAACUGCUCCAAGCAGCAGUGCAGCAAGAAACAGAGCGAUGAAGGCUCAGACUCCCUGCGGGAGAAGGCUGUGGUCAAUGGAGAGGUGAGUGAACCCCCGCAUGUGCAGCAGGUGUUGCUGAGCUCAUGCUUGUCCUGUGAGGGUUGCGUGUCUGAGGAGGAGAGCCAGCGCAUCUCCCAGCAGAACCUGCAGGAGGUCAAGGGAGUACUCAGCCUCAACAAGCGGUGCGAUGCCUCAAAACACAAGGUGCUGGUGGUCUCUGUGUGCCCCCAGUCUCUGCCCUUCUUCGCUGUCAAGUUUGGUCUGGGCAUCCCAGAGGCCACACAAAAACUCUGUGGCUUCUUGAAGAGCUUGGGAGUUCAUCAUGUUUUCGAUACAAUGCUGGCAGCUGGCUUCAGUAUCCUGGAGAGCCAGAGGGAGUUUGUUCAGAGACACAGACGCAGGCACCACGAUUCUCAUGCCCUCCCUAUGUUCACAUCCUCUUGUCCAGGAUGGAUACGCUAUGCAGAGCGGGUUUUGGGUAGUCUGGUCACCCCACAUAUAUGCACAGCCAAGUCCCCUCAACAGGUCAUGGGCUCUCUGGUCAAAGAUUUCUUCACAAGGCAACAGAAGCUGACCCCGGACAAGGUCUUCCAUGUGGUGGUGGCCCCCUGCUUUGACAAGAAGCUGGAGGCAGUGAGAGAAGAGUUUUACAACAGCGUGCUGGAGAGUCGUGACGUCGACUGUGUGCUCACCUCAGGAGAAAUAUUUCAUUUAAUGGAGGAGAUGAAAGUGACUGUUGAAGACGUGGAUUCCGUCCCUUUAGAUCACGUGUUUGGGGAGGCCGACGAAGCAGGCCUUGUGAGACACGAGGGCCGAGGCUCGGAGGGCUUCCUGGAACACAUCUUCAAAUAUGCUGCCAAGGAGCUGUUUGGCUUGGAGGUGGAGGAGAUAGUGUAUAAGACACUCAGGAACCGUGACUUCCAGGAGGUGACUCUGGAGCGUGAUGGGGAGACACUGCUGCAGUUUGCGGCAAUCUACGGGUUCCGCAACAUCCAGACACUGGUGCACCGCAUGAGAAAAGGCAGGGUGCCGUACCAGUUAGUGGAGGUGCUGUCCUGCCCAGGUGGCUGUCUGAGCGGGCGUGGUCAGUCAGAGGGCGAGGGAGGUCGUGUGGAUAAGGCCCUCUCUCAGCAGAUGGAAGAGGCCUACAGCAGUUUGCCUGUGAGGCUCCCGGAGAUGAAUCCUGAGCUUCAGCGGCUCUACCAGGACUGGCUGGAGGGCCAGGACUCCCCGCGCACACUGCAGGCCCUCCACACACAGUACUCCCAGCAGCGGCAGCCACAGACCCUGCCGCCCGACAUCCAGUGGUGAGGGGAGCGGCAGGCCCCCGCCCAGAGCUGCUGCCUGGCCCGGAGUUCCACGCACAGCAACAGCACACCUCGCCCGCAUGUUGCCGUCGGUUAUAUCCGGGAGCUCUUUUGUUUUUGGGAAAGGCACAUGACAAGAGGUGCUCCCUUGCCAAGCAUCUGGAGUCAUUUCCCAUGUAACACAUCUACUAAAUGAGUGAUAUUCCAUCAUCUAAAUCAGCAAUAACCCUGAAAUAACCCAUAAAUGCUCAAUGAAGGUUGUCUGGGGAUGAAUCAAGCCGUUUACAUGGGUUGAAUGUAAGUGUGGAAGUAUGAGUAUGAGGUGGAUAUCACCAUUGCAUCCCAGUUAAAUGAAAAUCCACAAAACGUCCAACAUAAAGUAAUUAUACUCAGUGCUGUUAAAUGUAUGGUGAUUCUUAUAUGUGUUACAGAAAGCAUACUGUGAUGUAAGACUAAGCUAGGCAUUGUCCACUGGGCUCAUCCCAAAAUAGUAAUAUUUUAAGUGGUCCUUGCAUAAUUGCAACCAUGGAAGUCAGGUUAGCAACAAGUGGUUUGUAGUUGUUCUCCCAAACUCACACCAUUUCCCUUGUUGAAAAUAAGGUGUCAUCAGUCUUGUCACCAUUUUCUAAUGUUGUCCAUCAGAAGUGCUCAAAGCAGAAUACAUCUGGUUCAGUGGUACUGAAGACAGUA